GCGCAUCCGUUCCUGCGCGCUGUCACGCUUUACUACCAACAGGCACGAAAAUUCCAGGGAGGAAGUCACUGAGAUUGAGAAACGAACAACAACUCCAAAAAGGUGCCAGGAAACAAAAAACCUGGAGACGAGGACAAGUUCCGACUACGUGCCGUCCUCAUUGGGAACAGUAGAAACUUUGGAACAUGGACUAGAGGCGCCGGGUCGCAGCAGAUGGAGGCGGCGAGAAGUUUGGUGUUUGUCGGGGCCGUGCUGCUCGGGGUGACGGCGAGCGCGCUGGGCAGAGAAGUGUGCCUGGGUACAGACAUGAAGCUGACCUUGCCCUCCAGCCUGGACAAUCACUACGAGACCCUGAAGCUGCUCUACACCGGCUGUAAGGUGGUCCACGGGAACCUGGAGAUCACACACCUGAAUGGAAACCCUGACCUCUCCUUCCUACAGGGCAUCGUGGAGGUUCAGGGCUAUGUACUCGUAGCUCAUGUGUCCGUGAGUCUGUUGCCUUUAGACAACCUUCGGAUCAUAAGAGGCAGCCAGCUGUACAACUCCAGCUACGCGCUGGCUGUGCUGGAUAACACUCUGGGCGGACAGGGGCUCAGGACGCUCCGGCUUCGUAGCCUCACAGAGAUCCUGUUGGGUGCGGUGUAUAUUUGGGGGAACCCCCAGCUGUGCUUCCCAGACCCCCAGAACAUUGUUUGGAGGGACGUUUUGGACAAGCAGAACUCCGCCAGGGUGCACCAACUGCAGCCUGGCGGAGUUCUCCACCGACUGCAGCCUCGGGCCACUGAAUGUCCAAGUUGUUCCUCUGUUUGUGAGGAAAGCUGCUGGGGAGAAACUGCACAGGACUGCCAGACCUUGACUCAUAUUAAUUGUGCGCUUGGCUGUCAGCGGUGUAAAGGUACCCAGUCUCACGACUGCUGUCACAUGCAGUGUGCUGCUGGAUGCACAGGACCCAAAGACUCAGACUGUCUGGCUUGCCGCCACUUCAACGACAGCGGCGUGUGUAAGGAAAACUGUCCUCCCCCCAAUAUCUACGACCCGGUCACCUUUCAGACCAAACCCAACCCAAACAAGAAGUUCAACUUUGGAGCCACCUGCGUCAAGACGUGUCCUUAUAACUAUCUGGCUAUGGAAGUGGCUUGUACUUUGAAUUGUCCAAUAGCCAACCAGGAAGUUGUCAUCGCCCGCCCUGAUGGAAACGAGAUGCAGAAAUGUGAAAAGUGUGAAGGAGACUGUCCCAAAGUGUGUUAUGGUCUGGGUAGGGACAACCUGGGCGUCAUGGACAACCACGGCGUCACCAUGGUAACAUCUACUAACGUGGAGCGGUUCAACAAGUGUAAGAAGAUCUUUGGUAGUCUGGCCUUCCUCCCGCAGAGCUUUGAAUGGGACCCUGUGAGCGACACAUCAGGUCUGACCGUCGAGCAGCUGAGCAGCUUCAAGAACCUGGAGGAGAUUACAGGUUAUUUGUACAUUGAUGCCUGGCCACAGAAUUGGACAAACCUGAGUGUGUUUGAGAACCUGAAGGUGAUCAGAGGCAGGAUGCUCUACAAGGGUGUGUUUUCGAUGGCCAUCCAGAAUCUACACAUCCGGUCUCUUGGGUUGCGUUCACUACGCAGCGUCAGCGGAGGUUUGGUCCUGCUACACAACAAUUCCCAGCUGUGCUACACCAAUUCACUGCCCUGGGACAGUCUGCUCCACCCCAGCCAGGGACCUCAACGCAUCAUCAGCCAGAACCAGGACACCCAACUCUGUGAGGAAGAGGGGCGUGUUUGUCACCUGCUGUGCGAGGGGGGCUGCUGGGGGCCGGGGCCCAGCCAGUGUGCGUCCUGCAAGGCUUUCCAACGCGGCACUGAGUGCGUGGAGCAGUGUGACAUCAAUCAGGGGUCUAUCCGUGAAUACACAGACGGAUCUGUGUGUGUUGCCUGUCACGCAGAGUGUCGACCUCUCAAUGGCUCUGCUUCCUGUCAUGGCCCGCGUGCAGAACAUUGUUCAGAGUGUCGUAAAUUCCAGGACGGUGAGUUUUGUGUGGAUCAUUGUCCCAGCGGUGUGAAGGAGGAUCAGCAAACCGUGUGGAAGUACAGCAACGCCACAGGACACUGUCUGUCCUGCAACACCAACUGCACGCUGUCCUGCACUGUGAUGGAUGACAGAGGCUGCCCCGUUGACACCAGGACAGGACCGGGUACAACCAUCGCGGCUGCAGUGGGUGGAGUGGUGCUCUUCUUCAUCCUGCUCGCUCUACUGGUCUUCUAUCUGAGGAGACAGAAGAAGCUCAGGAGGAAGGAGACGAUGAGGAGGAUCCUGCAAGAACAUGAGCUUGUGGAGCCUCUAACACCCAGCGGUGCGUCACCCAAUCAGGCUCAGAUGCGCAUCCUGAAGGAGACUGAGUUGAAAAAACUCAGGGUGCUGGGUGCAGGGGCCUUCGGUACUGUUUACAAGGGAGUGUGGGCUCCUGAUGGGGAAAAUGUGAAAAUACCAGUGGCCAUCAAGGUGUUACGAGAGAACACCUCGCCAAAGGCCAAUAAAGAGAUCCUCGAUGAGGCCUAUGUGAUGGCGGGAGUGGCCAGCCCCUAUGUGUGCCGUCUGCUGGGGAUUUGUCUGACCUCCACGGUGCAGCUGGUCACUCAGCUGAUGCCGUACGGCUGCCUCCUCGACUACGUCAGGGAGAACAAGGACCGCAUCGGCUCCCGGUUCCUCCUCAACUGGUGUGUCCAGAUCGCCAAGGGGAUGAGUUAUCUGGAGGAUGUCCGGCUGGUCCACAGGGAUUUAGCCGCCCGCAAUGUUCUGGUCAAGAACCCAAACCACGUAAAGAUCACCGACUUCGGUCUGGCCCGUCUGCUCGAUAUCGACGAGACUGAGUAUCACGCUGAUGGAGGGAAGGUUCCGAUUAAAUGGAUGGCUCUGGAGUCUAUUCUGCACAGGAGGUUCACUCAUCAGAGUGACGUCUGGAGCUACGGUGUGACGGUCUGGGAGCUGAUGACGUUUGGGGCUAAACCCUACGACAUGAUCCCAGCAAGAGAAAUCCCCGAGGUCUUAGAGGGAGGAGAACGGCUCCCCCAGCCCCUCAUCUGCACCAUCGAUGUCUACAUGAUCAUGGUCAAAUGUUGGAUGAUCGACCCGGACAGCAGACCGCGGUUCAAAGAUCUUGUGAGCGAAUUUAGUGAUAUGGCCAAAGAUCCCCCUCGCUAUGUAGUCAUUCAGAACGACGAGCAGAUGAGCAUGUCCAUCCCAGUGGACAGCCAGUUUUUCCGGAUGCUUCUGGAGGAGGAAGGGAACAACAUGAGGGAACUGCUGGAUGCCGAGGAGUAUCUGGUGCCUCAGCCAAACCACUUCUCCAGGACCCAGGUAGACGGGGUUCAAGCCAACGGGCCGUCCAGACACCAGUCAUACAGGAGCAGAGAUCAGGGUUUAGACGUUGAGCCCUCUGUCACCGGCGGCCCUCGGAGCAUGUACUCCUCCCUGAGCACCAUUGGCCGCAGCCAGUACCCUACCUUACCCUCAGGAGCCAGCACCUCCAACGGCAUAUGGAUUCCUCAGUACCCAUCUCUGGCUCGCAGCCCGUCGGCCGGGGGCCAAUCUGACUCGGUCUUCCUGGACGACCCUCCAGAUGACCCCUCGCUGCUCCCGGCCAGCCCCGGACGCUACUGCAAAGACCCCACCUACUCCAACGGGAGCCAGGGUGACCUGGAGAUAGACGGGCCAAAUGGCUUUCAUCCUCCUCAUCACCUUCAUCACUCAUUGCCCAGACGGAAUCAUAUUCAUGCCUUGCCAGAGUACGUCAACCAGGAGGUUCAGGAUCUCAGGCCGGGGAUUCCCGAGCGGCCCAGCACGCUGCCCCGUAAAGUCUCCAAAGCAGACCGACGCCUCCCUAACGGCCUGUGCUCCGGUCACAGCGUGGAAAACACAAGAUACUUGGUCCCUGCGAGUGCCGGGGCCGCCACCUCUCCAGCCUUCGACAACCAGUACUACAUGGACCUCGGGGCCAAAGCCAACGCUGUAGCCGGGGCGGCAGCAGCGGACGGUCCUGAGGCACUGCAGAGAGACGGACGAGUGCCCAGGCACAUGAACGGGUUUGUGACCCCCACGGCAGAGAAUCCAGAGUAUCUGGGACUAGCGGACACCUGGAGCGGACAUACUUGAGGAGGGGGACUGGGAGUGAAGUGAUGAACUCAAGAGGAGUCACAGCUUGUGUUCUACUGAGGAAAAACGAGGUGUGAGAGAACGGGAAGAUUGAUAUUGGGAAUAGUACACCCGAAUCCAAACCGGUAGAGGUUGUGACACUCCAUGACACCGAGUAGCAUUAAUCUGGUGUCUGUGGCAUCGUUUGUAUUCCUGUCUUUCUCUCAGCAAUCUUUGCUCUCAGUGUGACUAUUAAGUGCCAAAAAAAGAAGUUCACUCAGCCUCUGUGUAUAUAUCUCAGUACUGGAUGAGCAAAGGAGUUUACACUAGUCCAAACCAACGAGGUACGAGAAGGGUCUGAUUAUCACAGAAUCAAACCGCUGACUGGAUUAACGAAUGCAGAUUUUCAUUUUUUUUUUAAAUGUCGAUUUAACUUGUUUAGUGGAUGUUUGUACCACACAUGAAGCAUUUUCGUACGUCCUUCGGUCCCCUCGUGCUAUAUGUUGUUCCGUAUGCUACUCAGCCCAGCUAAACGGAGCAGAAAACGUAGAGAGCGCUUUGACAAAGUCAGCCGUGAUAUGUAUUGAAGGUGGUGUUUAGUAUUCUGGUCACUUUGUCUCUGACCUGAUGGGGGUCUUCAACACACUCAAAGCCAUUUUGUUUUGGCCAGAGAAUGGCCCUCAGCCCAUCUGGCCAGUAAACAUGCACCCUGAGAGAAAGGCAUCCUGUAUGGAGAAGACAGAGGCAUUGUGCCACACUGAUGUAUGUGCUGGUUGGUGUCUUGGCUGCAGCUACUUUGUGGUACAACGGAUGAGAUAAGAGGUGCUUGCAGACUGAGCAUCUAAGCUGCAAAAAUCCCCAAAAUGUAUAUUUUUUGUUUUAAUGACAAAGCGUAUGUGUCGGUACGUUAGAGCUAACUGUUGAGGGAUUUAAAGUUUGUGAAGAUCGUGUGCAUUUGGAGCUACGCACAAUGCACUCCAUAGUACACACUGCAUAUGUCCCCCAGGCUUGUGUUAUCACAAUGAGCUUUUUGAUUUUGUUGGCCUUUCACUGUGCAAGAAAGCAUUACAAGCUAUUGGUGAGUAUAUUCCACAAGAAGUGAAGAAUUUGCAUGUAUCUGUACGUGUUCGCCUCCCUUUUUAUAGAACAAACGGCAGUUCUGCUGUUCGUGAGCAACACACUCGCCAUCCAGAGCCGAAUGUGAAACCGAGGAGGCGAAAAACAUCGGUUUGGAUAAUCAAUGCAUGGCUCAAAUUCCACUCCGCGAGAAACACUGGCAUCCCAGUUAAUAAUCAACGGCGUUUUUUUUCUCUUCAUGUUAACUGGUGUUGGGGCAGGGGGAGGUCAGAACUAAGUCAAUGGAGCCAUUGUCCGACCCUCAUGUCCACGUAGGAAAGACGGCUCUCGCCCCAACUCGUGUCCCAACGACUUGAUGUUGUCUCAGCUUUUGAAAAGAGAGAACUACAGAGUUUGGAGAAUGUGGUUCAGUGUUUGGAGCUCAAAAUCCUGAAACGACUCUCCAUCAACACACCAGUUUUACUCAGAAAGUCUUUUAUCUUGAUGUUCUCAUACGGGUUUUGAAGAGUUUUGUUCCAGAAAAAGGAUCUCUAAAAGUUCAACCUGAUUUUGUGUAACAAUUACAUAAAAAUAACAUGUUAUGAAAUCAUUAUAUGUUCUUAUUUUAACACCCUCAACUAUCAUAAACUAACAUUGUUUAGAAUGGAAUUAUUAUCGAGUGAUAAGAUUCACAUAACUGUUGUUUUGUUUCCAUAUAUAAUGAAUAUACAGCAUCGUUUUUUGGAAUGAAAGCCUUCACAUGUGUCGUUGCUGUCAGGUGAACGCCUCAUAUCUCCACAUACUGUAAGGAAAAGAUGAAUAAAACUCAAAUGUAUUUUUUGCAUUUUCUCAAGACACAGAGGCUUGUAACUCUUACAUUGAAGUUUUACUUUCAGGAGUUGCGUUUUAAGAACAUCAACCGUAGGGUUUUUAAGUCAUUUGGGGAUUCUAAAACAAAACAUUGAGUACCUCCACUCAUCACCGCUACUGGAGAUGCAGGUUAUUACAGGAUCGUAACAAUGUUAAAGCACAGCUCACAUGUGUUCCCGCCUCCUUAAGAAUGUGAUAUUUCCUGGAUGUUAUGAAACCUUCUAUACAAUCACAAAUAAUGUGCUGGUGUUUACACUGUAGUGUUGUUUUGUAUAAAUUGUUCAUUUUCGAUGUUGCACGUGUGCGACACAUGACCCGGGACUCUCACGGAUGAGGGGCUGAUCUGCCUGCUGUCCUCCUUAAAAGCCAUGUGUGUCGUUUCUCGAGUUUGUUUUGGCAUAAAACUAUUGUGUAUUAAAGCUGCACAGAGCCUGAGGAUUGGCUCUGGUUGUUGGUUUACAGUAACACCUGAAAUCUUCCUGCCAUUCUCCCUGUUGAAUUGUUCUUGUCAAAAUAAUGAAGCGGGAUCAGCUUUCUGAUUAAAAUCAACUAAAUGUCGCUAAAGUAAAUUGUUGUUUGUCCCUAUUUAAAUUAUGAGAUUGAGCAGAAGCGUAAGCUGAAUGAAAAGUGUUUAAAAAAGUCUCAAAUGAGACCGACGCAAGAAACUCUGCGUGUGUUCCUCCAGGAAUAAGCCUGGUUUAACUAACCAGAGUGUGCUGAAGGUUUUCUAAAAUUAAGUAUCUGUGAUUCACGUUUUGAAGAAAAUGUAUCUUUUUUACUUUCCAUGUGAAUAUUUGUUUACCUUUCACAGUUUGUGUGAUUGUGACAGGACAUGAAUAAUAACCAUUUUAUUGGGAGUUUUUUUUUUUUUUUUUUAAAUGCAUUUUUUCUUAUUUGUUCAGUAAGUCCCACAAUGUAAAUGUGUAGUAUAUAUAAAUAAAAACAAUCACUAUGGUAGCUAGUUUGAUUGAACACAUUGUGACAAGUUGCUCUUUUGGGAGGUGGGAGUAAAUCCAAAAGAAAAUAUUUUAUGAAGAAAUGGUCAUUUUAUAUGGAAUUGUUUGCAGAUGUGUGUGUGUCAUUAAAAGCAUAUAAAA